UUUUGUUUUUAAUUUCCUAAAAAGCAGCUUUUCACCUUAAUUUCUUUUCUUGGGGGAUCAAAUUAAUAAAACAGGCCAUACUCUAUUUAUUGCUUUGCCAUGCAAAAGUCUCCACGAUUCCAUUCUCAAGUUUCUCCGAAACUCAUUCCUCCUCAAUCCUUUCUUCUUUGCAAGCUGAACCUCUCUUCUCUCAUUCUCCAAUUUCUGCACUCCAGGAUCGAGUUUCAUCAAUUUGCCUGAGUAGCGGUGAAGUCGAUCAUGGCUCUAACCUUCAUAGCCGAAUCUGCGGCGCCGGCGAUCAUCGAGAAUCUUGUUAGCACAUGCUCAUCCUACCUCGUGGCGUGCCCGGCGCCCUGAGGUGUACCUGUUAUGCUUAAAGUCGGCAUAUUUUGAUUUACGGGGUGGGGAGCUUGAUCAAUUGCCCGAGUAGUGACAAUAAUUUCUCCCUCGGAGAGAGUGUGAAGUGGAGUGGGGCCGGGCAGAUUCCCUCUGUCUGGCAGUAAUUGAGUUUAAUUGGUUGGCUGUGACAGAAGGCAGACAAAUUUGACCGGACCGAGUUUUCCAUCAAUUGCCUGAGUAGUGGUGAAGCCAAUCAUGGCUCUAACUUUCAUAGCCGGAGUGGUGGCAACGGCGAUCAUCGAGAAGCUCGUUGAUACAUGCUUUUCCUACAUCAAAGCUUACCCGGGGCUACGAGGCGUGCGGGACGAGCUGGAAAGGCUGCAGCUGGCCCUUCCGCAGAUCCAGACAGUCUUGACUGCCGUAGAGGAGGCGGCGUCUAUUGCAGAGCAGAACGAGGCGCUGGAUGCUUGGUUGUGGCAGCUCAGAGAUGCUGUGGAGAACGCGGAGGACGUGCUCGACGAGCUGGAGUACUACGAGCUGAAGAAGACUAUAAAAGAUCGAGAUGACAAGGUGCGUGGCAUUCUCUAUAAAUGCAAGAAAAAGUUUGACCGUUUUGUUGAUCGUAAAUUUAGCAAUGACACACUGAAGCGGUUGAGGGAGGCCGUUAAGGGGUUAGAUAUGGUUGUUGCCGGCAUGGGGCCACUAGUUCAACUUGUUACUGGGUUAUACGGUCCUAGUGUUAAGUGUCAAAAGCUCGAGGAAAUCAAGAAUGCUCGCGAGACUAGCUCCUUGGUAAUCAAAAGUGAGGUGCUCGGACGAGACAAGGAGACGGGCCUGAUAGUCGAAUGGCUGAUCAACCCGGGAGAUGCUGAUGUUGAUGUCUCCGCUUUUACAAUUGUUGGUAUGGGUGGGCUUGGGAAGACUACCCUUGCUCAACUAAUCUAUCAAGACGAAAGGGUGCGAGAGUACUUCGACCCCAUUAUGUGGGUUUGCAUUUCUCAGGAUUUCGAUGUAACUGUGAUAACAAGAAAGAUUGUAGAAUGUGUAAGUAGUGGGAGUUUUGGCGACAAGAGUCUACAUGCGCUCCAUGAGAAUCUUAAACACAAACUAACGUCGAAGAGGUUUUUACUCAUACUGGAUGAUGUUUGGAACGAUGAUAAAAUGACGGAGUGGGAGAAAUUGGUUGCUCCUUUGAAAUUCGAACAGAGAGGAAGCAAGAUCCUGUUGACAACUCGAAUGGGUUCAGUUGCGGAUAUGGCGGCAAAAGUGCUGAAAUGCAAGCGAGAGUCAUUAAAUCUAAAUGAGUUGGAGGAGAACGACUAUAUGUUGCUUUUCAAUAAGCAUGCAUUCCUCGGUGUGAACCCUGAUGACUAUAAAAACUUGCAACCGAUUGGUGAACGUAUAGCGAAGAAACUUGGAGGAUGCCCACUGGCAAUAAAGGUCAUGGGAGGAUUGCUGAACUCCUGCAUGGACUAUAAAUAUUGGAAGAAAAUCUUGGAAGAAGACAUCAUGAAAUUACAACAUGGAAAUGACAGCAUUAUGACAAUUUUGAGAUUAAGCUACGAUCACUUACCCACAAACUUACAACUCUGCUUUAGAUAUUGUAGUUUAUUUCCACAGGAUCAUAUGUUUAAGAGGAAAAAGUUGGUCAAUAUGUGGAUUGGUUCAGAUCUGAUUCCGCAAUCUAUUUGUGGCAGGCAAAGGCCAGAGGAUAUCGGAAAUGAGUAUUUAAAUCUUCUGGCAAAAAAAUCAUUCUUUACUUGCAAAACCAGUGCUAAUGGGUUGAAAAUUACUAAAGAGUAUUUUAUGCACGAUCUGCUGCAUGACCUAGCACAAUCAGUUUCUCUAGGAGAAUGCAUCAGAGUAGGAGGUGACGUUGCAAGAAUUACUAUUCCACGGACAGUUCGACAUUUAUCUGUUGAAAUGGUCAAUUUUCUUUCCAUCAGAGAGAUCUCCAAUCUUAAGAACGUGCGCACUCUUGUCAUUUCUGUGAGAGAGGACAAUACCCAUAAUGCAGAUCAUGCACUUGAAUUUAUUGAGGUUAUAAAAGGGUUUAAAAAGUUACGCUUAUUGAUCUUAGAUGUGAUGUUUGACCCUUAUAAACUGCCCGAUGCACUUAGUAGCUUGAUACACCUCCGCUACCUAUCUCUUUCACUAUGGAAAGUUAUGAAUGAAAGUAUUGAAUAUGAUGGCUUGACCAACUUGGUCAAUUUGCGUUCAUUAGAUGUUUUCGAUGAUGUGAUACAAAAAAUUCCUUAUAUUAGCAAAUUACCCUUCAUCCACGAAUUACAAAAUUUUGUUGUCCGAGAGGAGAGUGGUUACAAAAUUGGUGAACUAGAGAACCUCAGGGACCUUCGUCACCUGUGUAUUAGGGAACUUGAAAAUGUGAGGACUUCUCAAGAAGCCAUUGAGGCCAAGUUGAAUCAGAAAAAAUAUCUCAAAUCAUUGUCAUUGCAAUGGUCCGCAGGCCGCUUCAAUAGUGCAGAGGCAGAUGAACAGCUCCUCGAUAACCUCUGCCCUCAUAUCAAUCUCAAGAAAAUGUGCAUCGAACAAUACCAAGGUGCUAAAUCUCCAAGUUGGAUGACAAAUCUGUCUCUUGUCAAUUUGACAUCCAUCAAACUGAUUGAUUGUAAAGGAUGGAAGCACCUUCCACCUCUUGGGCAGUUUACUUCGCUGCAAUCUCUACACUUGAGGGGACUGCAUGCAAUAAAGCAAAUAGAUUGUUCAUUCAUCAGAAGCAGCAGUGCAUGUGACUUUCAAUCGUUGAAGUUCUUACAGUUACGAGACAUGCCUAACUUGGACGAGUGGAUUGGAGUAGAUGAUGGGUGCAUGUUUCCUCAACUUCUUUCUAUGAAUAUUAUUGACUGCCCUAAUUUGAGGGAAAUUCCUACUCUGCCGUAUAGUCUAAGUCGAUUGCAAAUUUCAAAUGUCGGAUUGACUGCUCUUCCAACAAUAAAUCAGAAUUACACGGAAAACAAUCGGCAAGAACAGGAUCUUGAAUAUGUUCCAACAUGUGGCGAUCUUGACGUGCCAUUGCUGUGGUCAGCAGAUUUAACCUCUCUUACUGAGUUGAAAUUAUUCGAUUGUGCAAGGAUAGCAUCCCUUCCCCCAGCACAAGUGUGUGCACGAUGGACGAUGCUUUCCCGUCUAAUGAUAAAGAACUGCGAAGGACUGUCAUCAUUUGGCGGAAUACAAGCUCUUGUAUCCCUCAGUUAUUUAGAAAUCAAAGGGUGUGACAAGCUAAUUGAAGUUGCCCUGCUGCUGCAGCCUCCGUUCCCAAACGAUGUCCGCCAAAACAAGAAUGCAGCAAUGGACUGCUUUUUGAAGAAUGGCGAACUAUCAAUUGACCACCCCGCCCUCCUGCUCGUGGAGCCAUUGAGAAGUCUCUCCUCCAUCAACGUGUUGACUAUCUCUGAUGCUUCACAACUCACCAGCUUACCUGAGGAAUGGCUACUGCAAAAUCACGUUGCCCUCAAAACUUUACGCAUAUCGAAUGCAAUCUCCCUCCAGUCCCUACCCCAGAGCAUGACAAAACUGUGCUCCCUAGAGCAUUUGUAUGUAUAUAUUGCUAAGCUCAUCCGGUCACUUCCAGAUCUGCCUACUUCACUGUGUACUCUACUCAUCUAUGGGUGUCACCCCGUGUUGAAGGAGCGAUGCCAAGAGAAUAUAGGCCUUGAUUGGCCCAAGAUUGCCAACAUCCCUGAUGUGUGGAUUGAACAGGCAGUUGCAGAGCAACGAUGAUGCAUAUUGAUUGAUUAAUUACCUUCUUUUCCCGAAUAAUGCAACAGCAGUCAGGUUCGACUUUAAUUAGCAUCCUCCAUUAGGAAUUUUUUAUAUUUUUAAUUUUUACCCUUAUACUUUAUGGUUUGGAUACAUAAUAAUGGAAUUAAUAUAGCGCCAAUUAAUUGCGCCCUGUGAUUAAUACAUGAUGUUACGCUCGCUGGACGGAUUGGUCUUGUAAAACAAGCAAUGUAAUGAAUAAUAUAACACUAGUGAAGAGGCUCGCGCUUUGCAGCGGAUAAAAACCGUAGUAGUAAUUAAUAAUAAUAAAAUAUUAAAUA